UUGCACUCGUUCGGGAGCCAUGGAAGCGAACGCCGGGGCAAAGAGUGGUCCCCAGGAUGACCCUGAAAGUUGUAAGUCCUACAGGACUGCUGUGGAGACUCUGAGGCAGCGACGCUCGGUGUCCGUCUUCAAAGUUCCUUGCUCGUUCGUCGUAGGAACACGAGCAGGAGGCCGUGUUGCCGACGCCAAACAGGACCAGCCAAGGGCCAGUGAAGCCCAGCUGACCGGAGAGACCGAGAAAGGAAGUGACGCUCGCAAAGAGCUUGUCACCCCCGAAGGGUCUCCACUCUCAGGCUCCAAAUCAGGCCCUGAGCAUUUGCGGGAGCUUGACACGGGAGAUUCUAAUGGCCAGGAGACGGGGGAAGGGGUCAAGAGACGGAGCCAAAAGGCAGGAGAGGCUGACAAGGACUGGCGUGAACCUUCGACAGCAUCUACGAGUCCUCCUGCCUCAUCACAGAGUGCAAACCGGAGAGUGCUAAGAGCUCGUUUUUCAAGAAGGAGGGGCCGUGGAAGCAAGCAUUACAACGCCGGGGCUCCCUCGGAAGCCUUGGUCGCAGAGGGGUAUAACUUGGCACCUCCAGCUAUCGUUGGGGCCUCCCGCGUGACUUCAGUCCCCCGGCAGAAGUCGCGGUCAUUGCCACUUCCCGAUGGCACUGUGGCUGGCACUUCAGCACAGUACGAGACGGAAGUGUCGCAAUUGCUGCAGCAGUUGGAGGGUCGCAGUACAGCAAAGGGUGUACGUAAGAACAGGUCAGCCAAGCCAGUCCCGCAGUCGAACAGGGCCCCCUGCUCAACACUGGACCAAACCCCGAUGCAAUCUUCCACCUUCGGACCGCCGCCCUGGCGACAGCAGCACAGAAGGCAGUUGUUGCUGAAACCUCUUUUCAAGAGGACGACCCUCCACAUCAUGCUGCCACAAGGCCAUGCAGAGGCACAGAAAAUCUGCUUUGUGCUCACUGAAGUUGCAAAGGCCUUCCAUUGCAAAGUAGAUAUGUGCGAGGCAUUCCAGGAUGUUGCAGAUUGUGAGAGAAUGUUAUACUUACCAGUAGGUCAAAGCAAAUGUACCUCAUUUGUGCCCACAUCUGAUGCGUGCUCCUGGCCCCAUGCGCACGCCCACGGGAGUCAGGCAGAGGGAAAGGCACCCAGGGGAGUCACCCAGAAGGGAACUCACAACGACGCCCCUCGCGAGAGCCAGAAGGCAAGCAGUACCCCAGAUCAGUUGAUGCGAGAGGCGUUUAACAAGGAAAUGAACCAAGCUGUAUACCCGGAGGUUAUUCUCAGUGAAUCCCCUGCAGGGGUGAAUUUUGAAGGCAGAUGCCGGCUAAGACGUUAUAUGUUUUUGCUAUGUCUUCACAAUGGGUGUUUUAGGGAGGCACUGAUGCUAAGCCAAGGAGACCAAGAACCAGGUAAUACAGCCACCACACAGAACUGUCAUACAGUUCGAGCAGUGGAUUACACAACACCCAUGGACAGAGUUCUUACCACUCUGAUGUGGAGGACAAGUGGCAAAAACUACAACAGCUGGACGGGAAAUUUCGGGAGCUGUGCGGCCUUGCAACUGGGCCGUGCACAUUUCCAUGCACAGCAACCUCAGCCUAGGAAGCAGCAGGCUCUCAAUGACAACUUCGCCUCGCCCGCCUCCCUGCCAAAUUUGCCGGUCCGACUCAGUUGCUCCAACUGUCUGCCAGUUUCAGGGCCUACCCGGACCUACACACACUGCUUCGUCAGCUUCCUCGACUUCGUCCUUGUCUACCUCGACAAGCACAAAUCCUCCGUCACCAGCAUCUUCAUAGAUUUCAAAAAAGCUUUCUACCUGGGGGACCACGCCACGGUCAUCUCAAAAGCAGCAGCUUCCCCCCGAAACAGGGAGUGCCUCAUCCCUGGCUGGGAAAACUUUUUCUCUAACAGGCAACAGGCUGUGCACUUGCAAGGUCAAGCUUCCAGCCUCCUGCCACUCACGUACAGAUUACCCCAGGGGAACUAG